AGGUUUUGUCAGCCGGUGGCGCGUAUACAUAACUCGUUCUCAGCGCAAGAGAAGAAAAAAGGGGAGAAAUAUAGAAGCAGACUUCGCGUCGGCGUAGUGUGAAUACGUAUUAGAUAAGGAUGGCACCUGUACUGAGCGUUGCAGCUCUUACUGUCCUGUUAUCAAGCGUCAGCCUCAACGUUCAAGGUUACGCUGUCUGGCCACUACGGGAGCGUGUUCUCGUCUCGGGAGAAAGCAAAGUCGCGGAUGCGCACCAAGCCGAAGUGCAAGAUGGUGAAGACAGUAUAAACCAAAUGUCAGAUAAUGCCUUGAGUAAAACCCUAGAAAAGAUACUAAUGAAACCAGCCGAAACCAACCAUGUCGGUCAACGUGGCGCAAAUCCAACUGAUCUGCGAGGGUUUGACUCUGGUGGCCACAAGGGUCCAGGGCCGUCCGGCCGCAGGGGUCCAGGCUCAUCCGGCAACCAGGGCCCAGGCUCGUCCGGCCACAGCGGUUCAGGCUCGUCAGGCAACAGCGGUUCAGGCUCAUCCGGCAACCAGGGUUCAGGCUCAUCCGGCAACCAGGGUUCAGGCUCAUCCGGCAACCAGGGUUCAGGCUCGUCCGGCCACAGCGGUUCAGGCUCGUCCGGCUACAGUGGCUCAGGCUCGUCCGGCUACAGCGGUUCAGGCUCGUCCGGCUACAGCGGUUCAGGCUCGUCCGGCUUCAGCGGUUCAGGCUCGUCCGGCUACAGGGGCUCAGGUUCUUCAGGAUACAGCGGCUCAGGUUCCCCCGGCGCUACUAAGCCGUGUACUACACAGGUCAAAGUUCCAGAAUCUGUCACGUAUAAUGCUGAACUUCAUCCCACAGCUCUUGAAGGUUACGAACAACGCCGGGCCAGAUUUCUAGAAACAAUCCAAAAUGGCGACCUUCCGGGAGAAGUCGUCUGCUUGCAAGAGAUUUGGUUGGAAGACGAUAUCAGAGAAAUAGUUUCCGUGGCACAGGAAGAGUUCCCGUACUCCGUCAGCGUUCUGGGCCAGACAUCAGGCGGAAACUCCUCGCUCCCGGAUAUUGAUCAAACUAUCACAGCACCAGCUUGUGGAGCAAACGAAGUGGGGGACGUGCUAUCUUGCUUGAGAUACAAAUGCAGAAGUAAGUCUCGUUUCUGCCUCAUAAAACGUUGCGACGAUGAGCUCCGGGCCCUUCCACAAGACUGUCUUUCCUGUAUUCUACAGCGCCACAGCGGCAGCGACGACGACGAUGAUCAGUUAUUCCCAUUCGAAGAGCUCUGCAUGUCCUCGCCGUAUACGACUACUUACGGUCUGCUAUUACUCAGCAAACAGCCGAUAGAGGUUGCUGAGGUAGUAAGUUACCACGAGGGAUACUCUUUGUUUAUACCGCGGGCCUACAUCCGCGCAAAGGUUAGUGGAGUCCAUGUGUUUUGUACCCAUUUGGCGGCAACAAUGAACAAAGGCUAUUACAUGGAUGUUGGUCCAUUUAAAUCUUACCAUGAGCAGAAUCUCUAUGAACUGGCUGUACUACUAAAUGAAGCUCUUCCCGUCUUGCACCGAUCCAUAUUGUUGGGCGACUUCAACAGCGGUCCUAAGGUGCCGUCGGAGGGGAUAAAGGCCGUCAAACCACUGUGCUAUGACGUAUUGACACGAAAUUACUUCUCGCCGUUCGUCGAAUCUGUGCCGUCUUGCACGUGGUGUGUUGAUAACCCUCUGACGUCAGCACGCCGUGACAGUAUUAUUGAUCAUAUACUUGUCCCCAAAUGUAUGCGAGGUGUUAUUACACAAGAGAUGUAUCCUGUCAGAAUAUUUGAUGGCGAAGACCCCAUGUCCAGUCAUUACGGAGUGGUGCUAUUACGCCAAGAAGUUCAGGGAACUACAGGAACAGCGGGCACCAGUUUGACGACUGUCUCCACGGGUUACUCAAAUACAAACGGGGUCACUCAGUCGACCGGAGGGUCUACCAAGGCCCAGACUUCUGGCGUCACCAGCCCCCAGACUUCUGGCGUCACCAGCCCCCAGACUUCUGGCGCUACCAAUCCUCCGACUUCUGGCGCUACCAGUCCUCCGACUUCUGGCGCUACCAGCCCCCAGACAUCUGGCGCUACCAAGCCCCAGACAUCUGCCGCUACCAAGCCCCAGACUUCUGGCGCUACCAGCCCCCAGACGUCUGGCGCUACCAAGCCCCCGACUUCCGGCCUAUCUACGCCUCCGACUACCUCCGGGCCUUCAUCAAACUCUACAUCACCGGCAAUCACUCGGACAACAGUGGCAUCCCAACUGACAACUGCGCAGGCUGACGAUUCAGAGCCCAUACUUCUUCUACGAGAACUUCUAAGACUUAUCAAGAAGCACCACUGACAUUGUUACUCAUAGCGUGUUAUGAUUCCUUUUGACGUAAUGAAAAUAUGUUCAUGUAUAUCUGUGCGUAGUCUGCUGCUGUGACAUUCUUCGGUGUAUUUAUUUAUCAUGAUAUUGGAAGUUGAACUGCGGACUGAUAACAGUACUAAUGUUAUCGUUUAGAUGAAAACAUUCACAUGCAGGUAUGUUUUCCUGUCCCACCUGUAACAUAUGUACAACAGAUAGUCGCAAUAUUAACUAGCAAUAAUACCUUUUGCACAGCAUCCAACUAGAAUAUCCGCAGACUGUACCAUUGUGUAAAUAAAACGUGUUCUUUUUUUCUUUCAAGAAUUGAAAUUUAAAACGUACCUGUUUGUGGUUGCUGUUUGUCCAUACAUGUACAUUAGAAUGUUUUUCUUAGCAUAAAUUAGCAUAAACAAUGACCUCCCAACAGUUUACAAAUAUGCAAAGAAAGUAAAAACGAAAACUUGACUGUAAGCGAUUUGGAAGUAAAA